GUCUCUCGGCAUCAUAGUUCAGUGCUCAGUUCCCGACUGUCAUGGCGUCUGCAUCUGCUAUAGGGAAACUCUCGCGGGAGGAAUUUCGCCGUCAGAAGGAUUUGGAGGCUGCACGAAAGGCUGGUACGGCCCCCGCAGCCCUCGACGAGGAAGGCAAACCCAUCAAUCCUCACAUUCCCCAGUAUAUCUCGCAAGCGCCAUGGUAUCUGGACACCGGGGCACCCUCACUUAGUCAUCAACGUCGGCCAGCCGCUACCAAGCCACCCAACGAGAUCGACAGCUGGUAUGACCGUGGUGCACGGGCAGGACCUGCUGCUAAGAAGUACCGAAAGGGAGCUUGCGAGAAUUGCGGCGCAAUGACACACAAGAAACAGGAUUGUCUUGAGCGUCCACGGAAGAAAGGUGCCAAGUACACGAACAAAGACAUUCAGGCGGACGAGAUUAUUCAAGAAGUACACACUGGAUACGAUGCGAAAAGAGAUAGAUGGAACGGGUAUGACCCGGCAGAACAUAAGAGGAUCUACGACGAGUUUGAAGCACUCGAGGUAGCGCGGACAAAAAACAGAGAAGAGGAGAUCGACAAGCAAACGGCAACCGAUCUUGCUGCCGCAAGAAAAGUUGCGAAGGCGGGGAAGGAGAAAAAGGAUGCAGACCCUGACUUUGGUUCCAGUGAUGAAGAAGACGCAGACGAGGACAAGUACGCUGAUGCUGCUGAUGCCGUGGGUCAGAAACUGGACACAAAAACUCGGAUUACUGUUCGCAAUCUGCGCAUCCGAGAAGAUACCGCCAAGUACCUAAUCAACCUCGAUCCAGAGAGUGCCUACUACGACCCCAAAACGCGUUCCAUGCGUGAUGCUCCUUUAAAAAAUCUCCCACCAGAAGAGGCUAAAUUUGCCGGUGAAAACUUCUUCCGGUAUUCUGGUGAAGCUCCCCAAGUCCAGCAACUCCAGCUCUUCGCAUGGCAAGCUGCUCAGAGAGGGAAUGAUAUCCAUCUCAAUGCCGCUCCGACACAGGGUCAACUGCUGCAUGAAGAGUAUGAAGAGAAGAAGGAAAAGAUGAGGGAUAUCAAUAAAGUCAGCGUACUUGCAAAAUAUGGUGGAGAGCAAUAUUUGGAACGCGCACCAAGAGAGGUGUUGGACGGCCAAUUCGAAAAUUACGUCGAGUAUUCUCGGACUGGUCAAGUUAUCAAGGGGAGAGAGCGAGCCAAAGCGCGCUCCAAGUACCCCGAAGAUGUCUACAUCAACAAUCACACAGCGGUUUGGGGAUCGUGGUACGACCUUGCAAGCGGGAGCUGGGGCUACGCAUGCUGUCAUUCAAGCACUCAUAUUUCGUACUGUGCAGGCGAGGCUGGAAAGCAGGCCACUCAAGCGUCGACUGCGCAAGCUUUACUCGCAUCAUCAUCAGGGCUGGGUAGCUCUUCAGCCCCCGAUGAACAGACGGAGACGCUCAAAGCACCAACAGAACAGAACUACUCGAAGAAACGAGUUGGGGAGGGUGACAUUGCUAUAGACAAAGAGCGACUAGCCCAUGCCUUGGCUGAGGAGAAAAAGAGGAAGGCGUGGGGAGGCGAUGAGGAUCGCUACAACAAAAGGAAGAGGGGAGAGAUCGGCACCCAUGACGUGACGGAGGAAGAGCUUGAGGCUUAUCGGAUGACCCGCCUCAAAGCAGACGACCCAAUGGCAAACUAUGUAGACAACGAGCAUACAUAUUAGGCUUCAGAUUGUCUUGGCCAUUUCUUUGCAUUUUUACCACUAUUUGUUGCUCCAUUCACGUAUGUACUGUACCAUUAGCUCCUCAAAGGUGCCAUUUCCAGCGGCAUUAGUGUUUGGUCAC